AUGUUAUGUUCGCAAAGUUUCGGUACAAUUAUUGCCACAAUAUUAGGUCAAAAUAAACGUUUGUCUGUCAUGACAUCCAUGACCUCAUUCAUAGCACUUGUGUUUUUCUGUAACUAUGCCAUACCUAUCAAAGAGUUUAUAUAUCCCUUUCAACUAUUCAGUGAAAUAACUUUUCAGAAACAUCUAUUCAACGGAUUAUUAAUAGUGACCUACGGUUUGGGUCGAUGUGGUUCAGGACAGUCACGUGUUUUCUAUGAUUACAAGAUUGAUGACAACAGUAGUGGUGGUAAAAGUCAUCGAGACUUCUGGUUUUGUUUAAUGUCAUUACUGAUCAUAUUUUUGGUGCUUAAGAUAAUUGAAUUUGUUUUGCUAAUCACAUCUAUAAAUGUGAAUUUUGAGGAAACCCAAAAUAAUGAUCAGUUAGCCGAUGAAAAUGGUCUACAAUUUAAUAGAUUACUAUUAAUUGCAUGGAUUGAAUUAACAUUAGUUAGAGUGCAGACAAAUAGCAAAAAAACUAAAAAAAAUAUUUUUAAUCAACUAAGUGGUGGCUUUGACUUAAACACAAUAAAUGCUGUGAUGGGACCGUCCGGUGCCGGCAAGACAUCAUUACUAAAAUGUCUGAGCGGUCAAAAUAGUCAACAUUUGACAGAUAAGUCUAAAAUAUAUUUGACAUCUUCAAUGAAGAUCAGGACGUGUUUUAUAUCGCAAAACAUUUUUGAUCAUUUAGUCACUGGUUUGACUGUAAAACAAUAUUUAAUAUAUGCAUCAAAAUUGAAAAAUAGUUGUUUUAGUGGAAAAUCAAUUGAUCACAAAGUAAUUACAGAUAAAUUGAUGGAUGAGAUGUUAAUUAAUGAUAUUAGCGAUAUAAAUGUUUCGCACUGUAGUGGCGGACAACUUAAGCGUAUUGUCAUUGCAUCGGAACUGACGGUAUAUUGUAAGCCAAAUAUUUUGUUCAUCGAUGAGCCUACCAGUGGUGUCGACAGCUAUAGUGCACUAAAGAUAAUUUCAUGUUUGAAGAUGUUAUGUCGUCGUCACAAUAUGUCUGUUAUAACUACUAUACAUCAGCCAAAUAGUGAUUUACUUGAAUUAUUUGAUAAGGUAUACGUGUUGUCCAGGUCUGGCACAAACAUAUUUAGUGGUCGACCGCAAGAUAUACACCAUUUUCUUAACGCAAACGACAGUUCCUAUCAGCAAAAUCUACAUCCAAUUGAGCACAUGUUGAUGUUGGCAUCGGUAGACCAUGAAAACAGUUGUCUGAAAAAGUUAUCUCAAACAAACAACUUGUCAACAAAAGAGGGACUUAUUUCCCGGUGCAAUGUUCAGACAAUUGAAUCAACCAAAGACAUGUUUUUUAGAUCAAAACGUUUUUAUUUGUCCGAUCUCUGGCAUCUAACCGUCCGCAAUAUGUUGUGUUCCUAUGUUUACGAAUGGAAGUCUAUAUGUUUUCAAAUUGUCUUAUACCUGGGUUUGGCUAUAGGUUUGUCUACACUUUACAAUCGACGCAUGAUUUUGGCGGACGGUUGUGUCGAUGACAACAUAUUCACUUAUGGCAUGAAUUGUACUGAAACUGAAGAGAGUCUUAAUGAUGAAUCACUAUUGAAACGUAACCUACAGUAUCACAUGUCGUUUCUUAUGGGAUCAUCUUUUAUACAGAUAAUACUGACAACAAUGACUUUCUCAUCGAAAGUCAACAUAUUUUUUAAUGAACACCGAAACGGUUGGUAUAGUACAGGUGCUUAUUAUAUUAGCAAAUCGGUGAUUGAUUUUCUACCAUUGCUGAUAUCGAUGCUUAUGUUCAGCUAUAUAAUCAAUUAUUACGACUCCAAACGCAUGUAUUUUGUAUAUCUCUAUACACUGUUGUUUGUGGUUUUGUGUUCACAGAGUUUUGGCCACAUAUCAGGCAUUAUAUUUAGUAACAAUCAAUCGAUGAUGAGUUUCACUACAUUUUUCAAGUGUUAA